AUAUUUUUGGGUGGGGUUAGUUCUUUUUGUCUCUUUGCAUUGCUCGAGCUACAGCUAUUCAGUCACAGACCACAGAGUUACAGAGAUAAAGUUGUGUCUUGUUUACAGCAUUUUCUGAUCAGUUGUUUUUCUCUGAACACAUACAAUAUGCUUCAACAUUUCUUUGGACUUGUUUAUCUCUCGGCAGUUUCACAGCUUGUGAGUUUCGCAGGGACACAUGCUGCUAAAUGUCCUCUUCAGCUCAACCCACAGAGAGUUGUUGUGGAGUACGGCGGUUCUGUGUCAGUUAACUGUAACACUUCUGUCACGCAUCAAGGGAUGGGAUGGGAAGCCAGUGAGGGAGCAGUGCCCAAGAGCAGAGACAAUCUGAUCACAUGGAGAGUGUCAGAACUGAGAGAAUGGGACAUACAGCCAGUCUGUUACCUAAACCUUAAGGAACAGUGUUCAUCAUAUCUCCCAAUAACUAUUUACAAGACUCCAGACAGUGUGUCCAUCAGCACUGUGAAUCACAACGGACCAAUGAUGGAGGGAAACCAGUAUGAGCUUCAGUGUGACGUUCUCAAUGUGGCUCCUGUUCAGUAUCUCACUGUCAAAUGGUACAAAGGACAGACUCUGGUGGAUCAAACCAACUUCACUGACACCACCAUAACUCCAGUGAAUGAAACAAACACACUCCUGAUCCGUCCAAAUAGAGCUGAUGAUGGAGUUCAGUACAGGUGUGAAGCAGAGCUGGAACUGGGAGCAGAAGGACCUCAACCUCCUCCUAAACUCACAUCAGAUCCUCUCAGUGUUGAAGUUUACUAUAAACCACAACACUCCAGUUCAACAGAGACCGUCAGUAUAAGCAAUGAGGUCACACUAAACUGUACAGUGAAGGCAAACCCGGCUCCUACAUACACAUGGGACUCUGAACAUCUGAAAGAGAAGAUCACCUCCUCAGUGCUCCCGUCCUCCAAACUCAGUCCAGGAAAAUACACAUGUAUCGCCACAAACUCUCAGGGAGGAGACAGCAAAGUGUUUAUCGUCAAAUCUACAGGUAGUCGUCCCACAUUCUGGACUGUUCUCAUUUUCUUCCAGUUGCUUUUUGCAUUAAUAAUUGUCAUUUAGGAGAAAAAUAGUCACAAAAGUUUUUUUUUUCUCUCCAAAAUGUGACUAAUCUGCAUGGAGUCUAUAAAAAUUCCAUUGACUUGUAGCGCUUCACUGAUCAUGUGUAUGAAGUCAAUGUAAAUUCAUGACUUGAUAUACAUGAUCAGGGAAACUGCUAUUACACAUCACUUUUAUAUAUAAAUAAAUGCCUGCCUUUAGAUGUCAGCAUGAAAUGUAACAUCCAAUUUUGAUCUGUACAUUUUCUUGAACGUUCAUUUGGAUUUUUUAAGAUUAUUUUUGGAAUUAUUGGGAAAAAAAAUUACCACUAUGAAUGACAAAAAUUCUAGCAAAUAUUAUUGCCUUAAAAUAAAUAAUAUUUUGUAGGCGAAUAUAUUAUUUUUUAAUUAUUGAUACCAUUUAUCUGUCACGAAUACAUGUGACGCAUAGCAUUUAAUAACUUUUUAAAAAAAAAAACAGUAAUAUCAAGAUUUCAGGUUAAACUGUUUUCCUGCCUGCCUGUCUUUUGUAUUAAAAAAAAAAAAAAAAAAAAAAAAUCUAUGUUUACUUUGAGUUGAUGUUGAGUGUAAAAUCUGGAUCCCAAAGAAAAGAAAAACAAACAAAUAACAACUAAGAACCACUGAUGUACAUGACAUGAUUCUAAAAGAAAACCAAAGCUGGAGUAAAUAGCAUUUUUUGUUUUGUUUUGUUUUUUGUUUUGUUUUUUACAUUUUUAUUGUUUAUAACAUCAGUUUUCUAGUAUAUUUGUUUGUCAGCUUGUAAUACCUCAUUAAUCAUUCAUUGUAUCUUUUAAAUUUCUUCUGUACUCUGUGUGAAUGUGAGCCGAGCACAAGUUCAAUUGUGCCACUUCCUGUCAGCAGAGUACAAAGACUGUAAAAGCCAUUUUAACUCUGCACAAGAUGUUUUGGAGAGCACAAGAAAAUUGUUUUGAACAACUGUAUAGCAGCAAAAUAAACUUCUUUGCCGUUAA